AUGCUGUUGACUUCCUGCUCUGCCCCCUGCAGCUACACCUGGCUCUGGUGCCUCCUGAUGAUCCUGACAGCUCCUCCAGCAGUUCUCGGGGGUGACCACACGGAGCCGUGCGCUGGGCGGGACUGCUCCACCUGUCAGUGUUUCCCAGCCAAAGGAGCGAGGGGUGCUCCAGGUGGUCUGGGGCAGCAGGGCCAUCAGGGGCCCCCGGGCUUCCCAGGUCCUCAGGGGCCUCCAGGAGAAAAAGGCCAGAGAGGAGAUGAGGGGCCGACAGGAGCCACAGGACUGAAAGGAGACCUGGGAAGUGUCGGUGUUCUUGGUUUUCCGGGUUUAGAGGGAGUCCCGGGUCACCCGGGUCCUGCUGGAGGCCCUGGUUUUCCUGGUCUGGAUGGAUGUAAUGGGACCAGAGGGGAGAGAGGAGAUCCUGGACGUCCUGGAGAACAAGGACCUGAUGGAGAACCGGGUUUUCCAGGAAUGAAGGGGUUUCCUGGAGAUCCAGCCGUCUACUUCAUACAGUACCCUGGAGCACCUGGAGACGUCGGGCCCAGUGGACGUCCUGGACUGCAGGGUGAGCAGGGUCUCCCUGGCCCAAUCGGAAAUCUGGGUCCAGCAGGACUGGACGGGACCAACGGUCCCCCUGGUCUGCCUGGUUCCAGGGGUCCACCUGGAGAAAAAGGUCGAUCUCUGCCCGGACAGAAAGGAGACGAGGGGGAUCAGGGCCUCCAGGGGCCCCCGGGGCCGUUUGAGUACGUCGACCCUCCGGAAGACCUGUACAUUAAAGGAGAACAGGGUCCUCGAGGGAUCAAAGGAGUCUGUGGAGUUGGGGGAUCGCCGGGUUUGGACUGUCCCCCAGGAAUCAAAGGAGAGAAAGGGAUUCCGGGAUUCCCUGGGAACAGGGGAAUUUCUGGUAACCCUGGUCUGCUCGGAGAGAAAGGAUUCAAGGGGAUUCAAGGAAAUCCAGGCCUCCCAGGUCUGAUUGGACGAGAAGGACCAAAGGGCAUGAUGGGAGAUCCAGGUCCUAAAGGCCUCCCUCUGGAGAUAGACGUCACACACACAGGUGAUGGCGGGGACGCCGGGGCCCCCGGACAGAGAGGCCCUACUGGAGACAUGGGUCUGAUGGGAAUGCACGGUCCCCCCGGAGUCCCCGGCAGAUCCAUACCUGGAUCGCCAGGUGUUUUGGGUCAGAGUGGAAUUCCAGGAUCCAAAGGGGACAGAGGAGAUCCAGGUCAGAUCUUCUUAGAUGGGCCCACACCUGGUGAGCCUGGAAAACCAGGACGUCCCGGAUUUAGAGGACCAAAAGGAGAACCAGGGAUUCCAGGUCGUUACUGUCUUCCCGGGGCCCCAGGAAAAUCUGGAGAGCAGGGUGAACAGGGACCCCAAGGGGCUCAGGGCUUCCCGGGGUUUAAAGGCACUCGUGGCGACUGUGCUUGUGGACCUCCUAUUAUACUGAUGGGCCCCCCCGGCCCUGUGGGUGACUUCGGUCAUCCGGGGUUUUCAGGAGUCCAGGGUGCCCCAGGGCAGAGAGGAGAGAAAGGUAUACUUGGAGACACUGGAGAGAGCGGACAACAGGGUCUGGGUGGAUUUCCAGGCAUCAAGGGGCUCAAAGGUCAGAAGGGAGAUUUCAUUGUGGUGGAUAUUAUAGGUGAGAAGGGAGACAGGGGCCAGCAGGGCCCUGCAGGCAGACAAGGUUUCUCAGGGAGAAGAGGACUUGAUGGGCUCCCUGGGCUCCCCGGAAACCCCGGUCCACAGGGUGAGAGUUUCACCAGCUCUCCUGGAGAAAGAGGCUUCCCAGGAAUUUUAGGGCCAAAGGGAUUACCGGGACCACUAGGCUCCCCAGGAGCAGAUGUAGUUGGAGCAAUAGGACAACGUGGGGCCCCUGGGGACCCAGGACCUCCAGGACUCCCGGGUCCCCCAGGGCCAAAGGGGGCUACUGGUGACACUCUGCCCUGUGUACCCAGAAACCCUGGCCCCCCCGGGGAGAAGGGAGACACUGGAAGCACAGGUUACACAGGAUUCCCAGGUCCUUCAGGUUUUCGUGGCAUCACUGGAACUGAUGGAAUUAAAGGAGACAAAGGACAGUCUGGGCUCCCUGGACUACCUGGACGACAAGGACCUCCAGGUUUUGUUGGCGAUACCGGAGAAGAAGGACCUGAAGGCUUCAGUUAUGGAGGAGAUCCAGGCUCUCCAGGGAUCCCAGGCUUUCCUGGACUCAGGGGCCCAGCAGGGGACCCUGAUGUCGGGCCCUCGGGACCCAUCGGCUUCCCGGGACAACUGGGUUCUCAGGGACCUAAAGGAGUCCCUGGCCCCCCAGGCAAAGACGGACUACAAGGAGUCCUGGGUCUGGCUGGGGCCCCUGGAGCCAAGGGCCAGAGAGGACAGGAUGGAGCCCCAGGUAUAACUGGUCCCCAAGGACCCUCACCUAACUUCUGUGACAUAGGAAGACCUGGUUCCACGGGCUCGUUUGGCCCUCGGGGACCCAUUGGACCCCCAGGCUUUCAGGGGGAGAAAGGUGAGAUCGGGGUGGUGGGUGCGCCAGGUUUUGGCCCUCGAGGCCCUGUAGGUAAACCGGGUUCUCCAGGAUUCCCAGGGUUCCUGGGGCCCCAGGGCCCCCCUGGCCCCAGUGGAGACUCCGGACUGCCAGGGCCCAAUGGUCAGAACGGUCUGUUGGGGCUCCAAGGCUUGUAUGGAGUGCCAGGGGCUCCAGGACAGACCGGAGCCCUUGGAGCUCCAGGGAGGACGGGGGAAAGAGGGUUCAAUGGACGAGAUGGAGCUCAAGGAUGUGAAGGACCAAAAGGAGAAAAAGGAUGUAAAGGACCCCCGGGGCCUCCAGGAGAGACCAAGGGUAUCCCCAUUAAAGGAGAGACAGGAAAACAAGGACCCCCCGGCAUCAAUGGCUUCCCUGGACCACGAGGUAGUAAAGGUGUGAUUGGAGCUACAGGUAAACCAGGGUAUCCAGGCAUCAAUGGAGCCCAAGGCAUCAUAGGACCCCCAGGGCCCCCAGGACCCUGCGGUAAGCCAGGAUCCUUAGGACCACCUGGACGUCAGGGACCUCCAGGAUUCAUUGGCUUCCCUGGAGAAACCGGAGAUUCAGGUGACCCGGGAUGUCUGGGGAAUUCUGGAGAACCUGGUCACCAAGGAUGUCAAGGACAGAAAGGUGAUAAAGGAGACUCUAUUGGUUGUCCUGGUCUACCUGGAAACAAGGGGCCUCCUGGAGACUUCGGGACCCCAGGACCUUCUGGACCUCGAGGAGAUCCUGGAGGACCAGGUUUCAUUGGGUCUCCAGGACAGAAAGGAUGCAAAGGAGAUCCAGGCCAACGUGGAGACCCGGGUCAACCAGGUGUGAUCGGUCCCUCAGGUCCAAGAGGUCGUUCGGGCUGUGCGGGUCUUCCUGGUCAAGCUGGUGAUGAUGGUCCUCCAGGACCGCAGGGCUGCUCGGGACUCCAAGGUCCUCCUGGACCUCUGGGACUUCAUGGACUGGACGGAUUGAAAGGAGUGAAGGGGGACAUGGGCACCAGAGGUCUGGGUGUGCAGGGUCCUCCAGGUCUCAAAGGUCUCCCAGGGGAUAAGGGUCCUCCAGGUCCUCCAGGUCCCUUUGGUACAUCCCAGCCUGGACGAACAGGACCCAAAGGCCCCCCAGGACCCAAAGGACCUCCAGGGGAUUGUGGACUUCCAGGUAAACCUGGACCAAACUGUAAAGAUCCAGUUCCAGGACCUCGUGGAGACCCUGGUUGUCCUGGACCAGAUGGAGUGCCAGGUUUUCCUGGGGACAUUGGGGAUCCAGGUCGAAACCCUCCGGUACCUGGGGAUGAUGGGGAUAACGGGGAGACAGGAUGCCAGGGGCCAAUAGGCCCAAAGGGAUCUCCAGGGCCCAAAGGACUGCCAGGCAUCGCAGGAGACUGUGGAAUGAAAGGUAUGAAGGGGUCACAAGGUCUGAUGGGACUACCUGGUAAUCGGGGUCCUAGAGGUUCUCCUGGUUCCAGAGGGCUUCCAGGACCAAAAGGACUUGAUGGACUGGUGGGUCCAAAGGGAGAGAAGGGAGGAGUCUCCCCCUGCCCCACUUACCCUCCCCCCCAACGAGGCUCCCCCGGUCCACAUGGCCCCCCUGGUAAUGUUGGAGAGCCCGGGCUCCAGGGAGAAUUGGGCCAGAAGGGACUCAAAGGUAUAAGGGGGGAUCCUGGAUCUGAGGGACCAAUAGGCUUUUCAGGUUCCCCAGGUCCAGAUGGAAACCGAGGAGAGCCAGGCCGGCAGGGGGAGAGUGGAGCAGUGGGAGCCAAGGGUGAUUCUGGUCCAAUCGGUGGCUGCGGUCCUCCUGGACCAUCCAAAACCUUGAACUCUGGCUUCCUGUUGGUGAGGCACAGCCAAUCAAAGAAUAUUCCCACCUGUCCAUUAAACAUGAGGGCCCUAUGGAACGGAUACAGCCUGCUGUACCUGGAGGGUCAGGAGAAGGCUCACACUCAGGACCUGGGUCAGGCGGGGUCCUGUAUGCGUGUCUUUUCCACCAUGCCGUUCUCCUCCUGUAACAUGGGAGCCUGCUCCUACGCCAGUCGUAACGAUAAAUCCUAUUGGCUGUCGACAACGGCGGCCGUCCCCAGCAUACCUGUGGGCGGACCCUCCAUUGAGGAGCACAUCAGCCGCUGUGUGGUGUGUGAAGCCCCCUCCUCACCUGUCGCACUGCACAGCCAGACCUCCAACCAGCCAGACUGCCCCCCCAGAUGGACGAGCCUGUGGACCGGAUACUCCUUCCUCAUGCAUACAGGUGCAGGGGAUGAGGGCGGCGGCCAGUCUCUGACAUCAUCAGGAAGCUGUCUGACAGACUUCAGGGCCCAGCCCUUCGUGGAGUGUCAGGGGCCUCGAGGAACCUGCCACUACUUCGCCAACAUCUACAGCUUCUGGCUGACCAGAGUGGAGAUGAGCACCUCCGCCUCCAACAGCUCCUCCACCACACUGACCGAGGGCUGGCAGCAGAGGGGGAACAUCGGGAGGUGCAACGUCUGCAUGAGGGAGUGAGAGGGAGGAACACCACCUCUUCCUGCAGGAGGGAGUGAGGGGGAUGCUUCACCACCUCCUCCUGCAGGAGGGAGUGAGGGGACGCUUCACCACCUCCUCCUGCAGGAGGGAGUUGAAUAGACGCUUCACCUCCUCCUCCUGCAUGCAGGAGUGAGGAGCUCCUCCUCCACCGAGGGGAUGCACAAGAAGAGACUCGUUUAUUUGUCUCUGUGAGGAGAGACUGUCAUGUUAAAAAUAACGCUGCCUAUCAAUCGAUCAAUCAAUCAGUCCUGUUCAGAUCAACAGGAAUGACUCAGAGCAGCACAAAUGAUCAAAAUGAUUUAUUUUGUCUUUGGACAAAACGUCACAAACAGAUGUUUGAACUGAGGUUGUCUGAUGUCACUGUUUAAUUUUAGGUUUCACAACAGGGUCACGAUGUUUGAUCCCGACUUGAUGUCAAAGAUUCGUCAAUAAAUAGGUCAUCUGAUAAAAACUCAGCUGCUGGGCCUGAAAUUAGUUUUCACCAGAUCACCAAACCGGGUCUUAGGUCUUAACAGUCACUCCAAGUUUCCUCUGUACAAAACCGUUUGCUUAGAAUGAAGAGAGGUCCUGAUCCAUUUC